GCCGAUCAGUUCAAAUGCAAAUGGGUGAUCAUCAAAUGAUGGGAAACCAGAGAACUUACGUUCAAAAAGUGAUGCCUGCACAAGCUGGUGGUGCAGUAUCACAAAAUGCCACGUAUGUGCAAACGGCAGGAAUUCGAACGGUUCAUCACGACGGAAACGGACAGCAGAGGAUAGUUCAACUACCCCCGGGAGUACGUCAGAUUCAGCAAAAUGGUGUCGGUCCUGCCUAUGUUCGCCAAGUUCCUGGUGGUCAACCAAUGCAAGUAAACUUUGGACAUCCAGGAACGAUAGCGGGUCGAAAUGUUGCAGUUGGUGUUCAAAUGCGACCUGUGCAAGGACAUAACGUUCAACAAGGUUAUCAGAGACAGCAAGUAGCAAAUCAAAUUCAACAACAAAAUCGAGCUGUAUUUAUGGCACAAAAUCAGCAAGGACAACAACAGAUAAGCUAUGCGCAAGCACAACAUCGACAACAACAACAGAAUCAACAACAACACCACCAGCAACCACAACAUUUUAAUCAUCCUUCUCAACAAAAUCAAAUGAUUAUGCAACAUCGUCAACCACAAAUGCACCAUAAUCAGCAACAUCAAAUGGUUCAACCACAAAUGACACGUCAUCAGAUGGCCCAACACCAUGCUCAGCAGCCACAUCCGCAGAUUUAUGUGCCGCGUGACAUGAAUUUGGCAGUGCCACUGAGAGAACCCUCACCUGAGCCGAUUCCUGUCAAAAUUGAGGUUCCAGAUGUUCCUCCAGAAGGUACAUCGGCUGCCAAUGAGGAACCAAUGCCAGAUGAUGGUGAUAUCGAUAUUCAGAUUCGAAAUGUUGUUUGUAAUUAUACACUCCCUUUGCACAUUGAUCUUCGAAAAUUGGCAAUGAACACUCAUAACGUGACAUAUGAAAGAGAAAAAGGAGUAAUGAUGAAACAAAAAAGAUCGCCUGGUUGUUAUAUCAAAGUAUAUAGUUCUGGAAAAGUAUAUAUUGUUGGUUGCCGGAGUGAGGCGGAUUGUAAACGAGCUGCACGUUCAAUUGCCAGACAUGUUCAGCGAGUUAUGGGAAAAACGAAAGAACGAGUUUCGAUUAGAAAUUAUCGAGUGAACAACGUUCUGGCCACGUGCCGUCUUCCAUUCGGAAUCAAAAUCGAAGAAGUCGCAGCAAAAUAUCCAUCAGAAUCCACAUAUGAGCCUGAACUUUCCGUUGGUCUUGUUUGGAGAUCUGUGACACCAAAAGCUACUCUUCGAAUUCAUACGACUGGCUCAAUUACAGUCACUGGAGCUCAAUCGGAAGCCGAUGUUCUCGAAGUACUCUCAAAGAUCUAUCCAAUUGUUCUAGAAUUCCGAUGUCUCGAACGAGCCAAAGGAAAUGUCGCUGCUCAGAAGAAGAGGAAACGAAAGGCACCUGUUAACAGAGGACCACCAAUCAAACGCGAACGCUUUGAUGACAGCAAUUAUAGAAAUUCUGGAGUUAUCAAUAACCAGGUCUAUUUCUCUGAUGAAGAUGAAGAUCUGUAUGAUGAGCUCGAUUUAGAAGAAUAGUUGUACCUAAUUGAUGCAGCCUACCCAUUCAUUGUAAUUUUUAAAAAAUCUCAAUUUGCAAUCAUUAUCUGAUUACCUUUCUACAUCAUCUCGUCAUAAUUUCUCUAGUUUUAGCUUUCUAUCUUCCAGUAUAUCUUGUUCUUUCAAUUGUUCUGUGUGCUUCAAAAUUCAUGCUUUAUCCGCUUUUUUCCUGUUCUUUUCUUUCUCUGUUUGCCGUUACCAUCAUCAACAUCAUAAGUCAUCAUCGAAUCAACACAAUCUCCUAUCCAUUUUUUUGUAAAAUUAACACAAUGAUCAGAAAAACAAUUCUCGCUUCCUUCUAGCUCUUUCUCUCUCCACAUCCCACUAUGUGCUCUCUACUUCAUGUCUUCAUCAUGUUCCCCUCAAGCCCAGCAAAUCUUAAUUUUUCCUUAUUUUCCAUUAUCUAUUUUUCCUCAUGAAUCCCAGUUUUAAAAACAAGUAGCAGAUUUUUUUUUGUUCUGAAACAAUUCGCAAAAAUUCCACAAAAAGUCCUUAAAAACAAACGAGUUCGUAUUAUAAAACUGUAACCUACCUUUUCCCAAAGUUGUUGUAUUUCAUUUUAAUUAUUUUAGAAUGUGAUUUUUCUACAAUUCCCUUUUCAUGAUUCAUCCUUUUUCUAGAUUUAGUUAUUGUCUCCCUUUACCAUUUUUCUCGUUUUUGUCCAUUAAAUAUGUUCAUGAUUAAAUUUCAAUGUCCGUAUCUUUACAGAAGGUUUAUGAAUUUUUCAAAGUUACGAAUUGUCAAAGAAACCAGAAAAUCACAAAAAAGAUUCAAUUGAAAAAAUAAAGAAU